CAGCGGCCGCCGAGCGAGCGUGAGCGAGCAAGAGUAGCCAUUAGCGAGCGGCUCCCACGGCAUUGAUGUUUGAGCGCGCUUCUGAGCCGGCUUUUGUUGCGAACCGCGGCGCAGAAAGCAUGCGCUGUCCCAAAUCCGCUGUUACCAUGAGAAAUGCUGAGCUGCUUUUCAGUAACGGCACAGCUAACAAGAUGAAUGGAGCUUUGGAUCAUUCAGACCAACCAGACCCAGAUGCCAUUAAGAUGUUUGUUGGACAGAUUCCCCGUUCGUGGUCGGAAAAAGAGUUAAAAGAACUUUUUGAGCCUUAUGGAGCUGUCUACCAGAUUAAUGUUCUCCGAGACAGAAGUCAGAACCCUCCCCAAAGUAAAGGUUGUUGUUUCGUAACGUUUUAUACAAGAAAAGCUGCUCUCGAGGCACAGAAUGCACUGCACAAUAUUAAAACUUUACCUGGGAUGCAUCAUCCUAUUCAGAUGAAACCUGCAGAUAGUGAAAAGUCCAAUGCCGUGGAAGACAGAAAAUUGUUCAUAGGAAUGGUUUCGAAGAAGUGUAAUGAGAACGAUAUCAGGGUGAUGUUUUCUCCGUUCGGCCAGAUAGAGGAAUGCAGGAUCCUGCGGGGACCCGACGGGCUGAGCAGAGUGCACAGCAGCAAUGUGGAGUCUAGCCGAGGCUGUGCGUUUGUCACAUUUUCUACAAGGGCAAUGGCACAGAAUGCAAUCAAAGCCAUGCACCAGUCUCAGACCAUGGAGGGCUGCUCUUCGCCCAUCGUGGUGAAGUUUGCCGACACCCAGAAGGACAAGGAGCAGCGGCGCUUGCAGCAGCAGUUGGCGCAGCAGAUGCAGCAGCUCAAUACUGCCACGUGGGGAAACCUCACAGGUCUGGGAGGACUCACACCACAAUAUCUAGCUCUUCUGCAGCAAGCAACUUCCUCCAGUAACUUGGGUGCCUUCAGCGGCAUUCAACAAAUGGCCGGCAUGAACGCUUUACAAUUACAGAAUUUGGCAACUCUAGCAGCCGCAGCAGCCGCCGCCCAAACCUCAGCUACUACCACCAAUGCAAAUCCUCUCUCCACAACGACCGGUGCUCUGGGAGCCCUCACAAGUCCUGUGGCUGCAUCAACUGCUAAUUCCACAGCUGGUGCAGCCAUGAAUUCUUUGACUUCUCUGGGUACUCUCCAAGGAUUGGCUGGAGCCACUGUUGGAUUGAAUAAUAUUAAUGCACUAGCAGUUGCUCAAAUGCUCUCAGGUAUGGCGGCCCUGAACGGCGGACUCGGCGCCACCGGCUUGACGAACGGCACGGCCGGCACCAUGGACGCGCUCACCCAGGCCUACUCAGGAAUCCAGCAGUACGCGGCCGCCGCGCUGCCCACCUUGUACAGCCAGAGCUUGCUACAGCAGCAGAGCGCGGCCGGCAGCCAGAAGGAAGGUCCAGAAGGGGCAAACCUCUUUAUUUACCACCUCCCCCAGGAGUUUGGAGACCAGGACAUUCUGCAGAUGUUCAUGCCUUUUGGAAAUGUUAUCUCUGCUAAAGUCUUCAUUGACAAACAGACCAAUCUGAGCAAGUGCUUUGGUUUUGUUAGCUAUGACAAUCCCGUCUCCGCACAAGCUGCCAUCCAGGCUAUGAACGGCUUUCAGAUUGGCAUGAAACGCUUGAAGGUUCAGCUGAAGCGCUCCAAAAAUGACAGCAAACCUUACUGAUCUUAACCCCAGAUGCUUACUGCUCUUAUUUUAGCUUUCUUAGGACAUCUCCAUAGCCCAUCGUUUGCCUAGCAUGUCCCUGUGGCGUCUCAAAAAAAAAAAAAAAAAAAAAAAGUUCCAUCGUCCCGUCAUUGUUUCUGAUGUCUUUCUGACCUCACAUCAUGUUUGGUUCUCCUACUGACUUUUGAGCUAGUCUGACCUUUUGAGAUUUGCAUGUGACCUCAUCUAGCUAUGAAAUCUGGGAAGUCAAUGUGAAAAACAAAAACAAAAAACACAAACCAUUGCUGCAAUCAUGCAAGACUGAAAAUUUCUUCUUAGAUAAAUUAAUGAUAGGAUUAAAAAAAAAAAACAACCUGUGGCAAAAUAUGGUUUUCUUUCUUUCCUUUUUUUUCAAUUUUUUUUCCUUUCUUCUCUCUCUCUCUUUUUCCUUUGUUUUGUUGGGUUUUUUUCCAGUUUUCCUUUCAUUUCAUAAAAAAUAAAAAUAAAAAAAAAAACAGACUUGAAAGUAUUAUACAGGGAUUGGCAUUCUGCCUGGUCACUGGUGACAAUAGCAAUAUGUGUCCAGAGGCACAGAAUGUUGGUUUCUAACAGACUACUUCCAAAACAGUUUGAGAAAUAAAAACUGUCUGAUUUUAAGUCUCUAGAGGUCUGUAAUAGUUUUUACAUUUUUCAGGCAGUGUAAAGUUUUUUGAUAAGGCCAUUUUAGGUGGCUCACUUUCUCAUUAAAAUAUAUAUAUAGAACCACUUUUUGUAGAUUAGUAUAAGAAAAUAUUUACCCUGUUUUAGGGCAAAUGCUACCUACUUGUGUCACCUUUUGCUGAACUGACUCACAGUUAGACAAUCCAUGGUUUAAUGCACAUGAAAUUACCUAUAUUUUAUACUGUUUCAAUGUACAGAAGAAAGGUUACUGUAAAAUGUGUUACGUUGGUGCUUCUGUGAAUUAAGUUGUGGUUUCAUCAUGAGUCUUAUGGUCUUAAGUGUUCUAUGUUUAUAAAGGACGAGUUUAAAAUUGGUUUACUUGAACAACAGGAACAAAAAAAACAAGAUUCAAAAAAACACAAAAAAGUUGUUUGCUUAAAAAAAAAUACAAAAAAAAAAAGGAUUUCAUGUGAAAAAUUAAAAACUAUUCCAGAAUAAGUUUGUGUUGGCUUGUGACGCAUUGAUGUCAUUUUUUUAUUGUGAACAAUUUAGAUGUGUUUGUGUUCAGCAAAAUGUGAUCGGUUUUUCUUUUAAAG